AUGGGCUUGGAGUUCUUAAACAAACUACGGAACCUCUUCAGCUGGACACAUGCGAAAGAUGAAACUGCCACUGAAGUAGCCGGAACCGGCGACGGAAUAGACACCACGCAGAAUCUUCGCAGCAGCGAAGAGCGUCGCGUAGCAGGCGGCACCGGCGACGAAACUGACACUCCAGCACCACAUUUCUACAAUACUUCCAAGCGUUCUUAUAGUGGCGAACAACAAGAGAGCUCUUUUUUCAAGUACCGCCGUGUGGACAGCACAUUUCCCCGUUACAUUACGAAUCCGAUUGCCGAGGACAUGCCCACCACCACCAAGCCCAUGGCAGAACAGAAACCAGGGCCCGUGUCCCGUUUGCAGAUCCCCUCGUCGGGCAACAAGCGUCUGUCCAUAUUUAAUGAACCGCGCAGCGCACAGCAGAUCAUCCGCUAUCAAGGCCUCAGCAGCACCCACAUUGACUUGUCAGACGAUGAUGAGUCGCCAGUCAAUGGCUCCAUCUUCCAGUCGUUCGGCCGUGGACGUACCACUGCCUCCUCAACCGAUUGGCUGCUAAAUGGUCAGUCCUCAUCCCAAGGUAAUGGUGCUGCUCAUCCCUCAUCGAUUGUACGCCGCUCGUAUGCGGAUGCAGUGCGCCUGGGCCAGGGUGGCAGUGGCUUCAUCGAGCAUGUACAGCCCGGCAUGAAUGGGCAUCAGCAUCACCCUCAUGCCGUGCGCGGAUCCCACAACGACAGUCUGCUCAUUCACGAGGAACGACGCUCGGAGCGCGAGCAGUAUAAUAAUCUUCUCCACAACGUAGCCUACAAUGAACUCCGAUCAAACCAAUCCAGUCGGGCAAACCCGCCGCCGCUUUUGCCGAUCAUGAACUGGAACUCCAUGCCCAAGAAGAACACAGAAGGCUCCAGCUUCCAGACGCGACUGGAUCGAUCCGAGUACUCAAAACUGUUGGAAAUCGCCAAGCAGACGGCCAAGACACAGCGCCCAAGGUCGCAGGCACCGGCACCAGCACCACCGCCGGCACCACCGAUGCUGCGCACGACGGUCUGUGAAGUAAAUUCUAGUGACAGCAACUCUGGAAGCGGCAGUCCGCCGCCCUCUCAAACCACGGAAGCUGCUGCGCAGCCCGUCAUAAUCGAUCUGGACGAUAGCUCCAGCGAGCAGAGACAGUCUGCGAAAAGCGAAACAGAGUAUCAGAAGCGAAUCCAGGCAAUGCAGAAGCGCUUCAGCGAAAGCAUAUUCUUCCGCGAUGAUUACGAGCAGACGUUCAGACAGCGCGAGCAGCGCCAACGCGCUGAAGCGGACCAUAAGCGUCAGCUGGCUUGCAUCGAGGCCGAAAAGGCAACCGAAGAGCGUCGCCGUCUGGAGAGUUCAUUCCGCUGGACCAUCUUGAAAUGCCACAUGGGAUGUGUGCCCUUAUUGAUGGACUUCGGUGCGAAGGAGGAAGACGAGAAGGAAAUUGAGUUUAUUCCACUCACUGAUGAGCAGUUGCAGAAGCUGCAACGCAUAGUGACAGGCCCAGAUGAUGCUCCUGUUAUUAACAAAUAUGGGCUUACAAUCACUAAAAAGGAUAUUCGCACACUGACCGGCCUCUUUUGGUUGAACGACGAAGUGAUCAAUUUCUAUAUGAAUCUGCUCACCGAACGUUCGCAGCAGAAGAAGGGCAUUCUGCCCAGUGUCUACGGCAUGAACACAUUCUUUCUGCCACGCCUCAUCAAGGUUGGGUUCGAUGGUGUGAAGCGCUGGACACGUAAGAUUGAUGUGCUGAGCAACGACAUCAUUCCAGUGCCUGUGCACUGCAAUGGUAUGCAUUGGUGCAUGGCCAUCAUACACUUGAAAAACAAGACCAUCUUCUACUACGAUUCGCUUGGAAAGCCGAAUCACAUCGCCCUGGAUGCCCUUAAGAACUACAUUAUGGCCGAGUCGCUAGACAAGCGCAAUGAGCCAUACGAUAUGAGCGGCUUUAGGAUUGAAAAUGUGUUGAAUGGGCCGCAACAAACGAACGGAUCAGACUGCGGUGUGUUUAGCUGUAUGACAGCCGAAUAUAUAACUCGGGGAAAGCCGCUGACAUUCAAUCAGGAGCACAUGAGCUAUUUUCGUAAGAAAAUGAUACUGGAGAUUGUUCAUGGGCAGCUGUGGAAAUAG